CAUGUGAUUUAUUAAUUUAUUUUGAACGAAACUCAUAUGCGGUUUCACAUUUGACAAUACUUUCACUAUAUUUUGGAUAGUACCUAUAUAAAAAUAUUUCUUAUAUAUAUUUUGAUUUUCGACGUGGCCGAGAUUUCACCUCAAAAUGGAGUUCUUGCAUGUUUCAUGGGUACGGACACGAACAGAAAUCGCUCUAUAAAAUCAACAAACACCAAUGUGACAAAUCAUUAAACUUCUCGAGAUGAUCUAGUGAUCGAUGAUGUAUCCAGCUGAUUGCCGAAACCUGGUUUUCUUCUUCUUCUUCUUCUUCUUCUUCCUCUUCUUCUUUGGGUUCUGCAACUUUAGUAGUGUAAGUGGAAUAAGAGAGAUACCCAUAGGAGCGCUGCUAGAUUUCAGCUCACAUGAAGGUUCCAUGGCGAGUACGUGCCUUUCCAUGUCACUCUCAGAUUUUUACUCUCUGAAUUCUGACUACACCACUAGAUUGUCUCUGCUCACCAGAAACUACAGCGGCAUCCUCGAUUCCGCUUCUGGAGCUGUUGAUUUGUUGAACAAUGGAGUAGUGGCCAUACUUGGGCCACUAAGAUCAAGUGAGGCAGCAUUUGUGAUUGAAAUAGGCGCAAAUUCUCAUGUUCCGGUGGUAUCAUUCUCCGCAACCAGCCCUAGUUUGUCGCUUUACAAAAGCCCUUACUUCAUCCGAGCUGCCCAAGUCGACUCCUUUCAAGUUAAUGCCAUUGUUAGCAUCAUCCAAAAAUUUGGGUGGCACCAGGUGGCUCUCGUAUACGAAGACACUGAGUUCGGCAAUGGCAUUAUUCCUUUCCUUACUGAUGCAUUGCUAGACUCUGACAUAAAGCUAUCUAUAAAAUCUGGAAUACCUUUAUCAGCUCAAGAUUCUGAAAUCUUGACAAAGUUAAACGAGUUGAAGAGCAUGUGGACUAGGGUUUUCGUAGUGCAUAUGACCAGCUCUAUUGGGUCUCGCUUGUUUGCUCUUGCGGAUAAAGCAGGAAUGAUGAGUGAAGGGUUUGCAUGGAUAGUAACAGACAGUUUGUCCAAUUCUGUUGAUGUAUUAGCUCCCAUCUUCAUUGAUGCUAUGGAAGGUGUUUUAGGUAUAAGACCCUUCAUACCCAAAUCAAGAAAUCUCGAUAAUUUUAAGCUGAGAUUGAAAAGGAAGAUUCUUUCUACACAUCCAACCAUGAUCACCACCGAGCCAGACAUCUUUUGUUUGUGGGCAUAUGACACAAUCUGGGCAUUAGCAGAUGCCAUCGAAAGAGCAGGACUUGGAUUCAUAAACUCUACCUUGUUGAAACCAAACAAUAAACAUACUGUAAUUAAUUAUGUUUCCAAUUUGGGUGUCUCCACAGUUGGUCCAAAACUUGUCGGUGAAAUCUUGAAGACUAGAUUCAGAGGCUUGAGUGGCGAGUUUAACUUGGUUGGUGGGCAGUUGCAGCCUUGUGCGUAUGAAAUAUUCAAUGUAAUUGGUAAAGGAGCAAGACCAAUUGGGUAUUGGUCGUCUGAGCAUGGAAUAACUCGAAGACAAGGUACUUCUAUUACUCACCUAAAGAGUGUAAUUUGGCCUGUGACUCAACAAGAACGCCGAGGGGCUGGACCGUGCCCUCUGCCGGUAGCCGGACACUUAUAAUCGGGGUUCCAUACAAAGCAGGCUUCCCAGAAUUUGUGAACGUAACAGAAGACCCACUUUCAAAUAAUGCCAACUUCACAGGAUUUUCUAUCGAUGUCUUCCGUCUGAUAUGGGAUAAUUUACCUUACAAGUUUCCAUUAUCAAUUAAAACUUUAUAUUAACAAGAAAGGAGGAAGUAGCGGGAGCUACGAUUCGGUUGUUUGCCAAAUUAAGGCUAAGGACAAGGACGAGGGAUUUGAUGCCGUGGUGGGAGAUAUAACAAUCGUGGGAAAUCGAACAAGGUGCGCUGAUUUCACUCUGCCGUAUUCUGAUACGGGAGUGACAAUGCUGGUUCCAAUUGAACAUAACAGGGGGCGAGACAUGUGGAUUUUCUUAAAACCUCUGAGCUUGGAUCUAUGGUUGACAAUUCUCAUAGCCUGCAUCUGUGUGGGAUUGAGCAUAAAAGUCUUAGAACGUCGUUCUGGCAGUGUUGACUUUACUGGGUCGCGUAAGAAGCAGCUUGGUAUGAUAUUAUUAUUUCCAGUCCAAGCCAUCGUCACUCCUCAAAGGGAGAUGGUGAAUAAGCAUAGCUCAAGAGUGGUGUUGGUGAUAUGGUUAUUUUUAGCUUUUAUAUUGAUGCAGAGUUACACUGCAAAUUUAUCUUCAAUACUGACGGUUGACCAGUUACGACCAUCGUACCCAAGCGUGAAAAGCCUAAGAGACAAUGGCGAUUAUUUAGGCUACCAGAGUGGGUCAUUCGUAGAAGAUUUCUUAGUAAAUGAGUUAAAGUUUGAGAGGUCCAAGAUCAAGCCAUAUGACAAUAUCAGUGAAUAUGAUAUUGCUCUAUCUAGAGGAAGCAAGAAUGGAGGUGUUUCAGUCAUCUUUGACGAAAUUCCCUACAUUAAGGUAUUCCUUGCUAAAUACGGUACUUCUAGGUAUAUGAUGGCUGGACCCAUUUACCGCACAGAAGGACUUGGCUUUGCAUUUCCGAUAGGAGCUCCGUUGGUUGCAUACGUUUCAAGAGAAAUCAUAAAGGCAAUAGGAGGAAAGGAGAUGACUAAACUGGAAAAGAAAUAUUUUGGAACAUGGAAGGAAAAAGACAUUAACAUCUCAUCGAAAAGUCCUGGUCUUAGUACUAGCAACUUUGGAGGCCUAUUUAUCAUAACAGCAACAGCAACACUCUUAGCCAUAAUUGUUUCGGAGGUCCGUAUAUGGCAACGGUCCUUGAAGAAGUGUGUAUCUUCUUCUCCGGGUCUUGACAUGGUUGAUCAAACGCCCCAACCUUCAGAUGAGAGCCAACAUCCUCAGAAUGAAAAUGGUACCAUCGAAUUAGUUAGAGUAGUCGAUUCUAUUGCUAAUACUGACACUAAUAAUAUUAUCAAUCAUUUACACGAUGAAUCUCCUGAGCAUCAUUCAAUGAGCGAUUUGUAACUGAACAUCAAACUUAAGGCAUAAUUGUUGAUUUUUUAAUGUUUUUUUGUAUUAUAAUGACUAUCUU